AUGUCGUCUAGAAGUCGGUCCAAGAAGUUUGCUCCUAAAUCCAAGAAAGUCGAGGACUCUGAUUACGAAGAACCGGGACAGAAGAGCUCCCUGUUGUCGAAAGGGAGCGCUGGAAAGAGAGUAUACUGGCGGCAUCUGCUGCUACUGCUGAGUGGAUGGCUUGUGUUGAUCAAUUACUAUGAAAGAAGUGUUUUACGAAGGGCUAUGAAGAAAUGCUCGUGGGAAAGAUGGGAAGAAUGGCCUAAUCAGGUACAGGCUCAUCGAGUCAGCCUGUUUGCUGAUCCGCAGUUGAUGGACCGAUAUUCUUACCCUGGUAGACCGGGAUUUGUGAACUAUCUGACAGGCUUGGUACUGGAUAACUAUCACCGACGGAACUGGAAGUUUGUACAGUAUCACUUGCAGCCAGACACGACGUUUUUCCUCGGAGACCUCUUCGAUGGCGGGAGAUACUGGGAUGACGAUGAGUGGUUUGACGAAUAUCGCAGAUUCAACGAUAUCUUCCCUAGAAGGCCGGGCAGCAAGACUGUCGCGACGAUCCCAGGGAACCACGAUAUUGGAUUUGGUGAUAAUGUGAUCGAAGGAAGCCUACGGCGUUUCAAGACUUAUUUCGGUGAGACCUCUUCUGCUAUAGAUCUGGGCAAUCACACGUUCGUGUUGGUGGACACCAUCUCUCUCUCUGAUAGAGCUGACCCACAGAUUGCGGCAGCUCCUAAAGCAUUUCUUCAGGAUUUCGCUGAAAAAUCGCAUUCGCUGCCAAGGAUUCUGCUUUCGCAUGUGCCGUUGUACAGAAAUCCCAACCAGCAGCAGUGCGGCGAUAAGCGUGAAAGCAAAAGCCCUUUUCCGCUGCAGCAGGGUGACCAGUAUCAAACGGUGAUUGACCAGGAUCUUUCUCAGGAAGUUCUGGCGAGUGUCCAGCCACAGAUUUUGUUCUCGGGAGAUGAUCACGAUUAUUGCCAUAUUACGCACUCGUAUCAGGCCGACGGAACGUCGAAGACCGCAGAGGAGAUUACAGUCAAGUCUUGUGCAAUGAAUAUGGGUAUCAAAAAACCCGCAAUUCAAUUACUGUCACUGUAUAACCCCGAUGCAAUUCCAGCGAAUCAGAAAACUUACCAAACCGAAAUAUGCUAUCUGCCGGAUCCAUACAAGGCUCUAAAGAUGUAUAUACUCGCUCUGGUUUUAUCUGCCAUAUGGCUGUGCCACAUCCAUUUGUUUCCGAAAUCAUUCAACCGCAACAUCGCUCGGCGGCUGGAGAAGAACCCCAGAUCAGUAGACUCGCCAUUACCCAUGCCGGUGAGUGCUCACAUUAAUACAGUGAGAAGUCACAAGUCGUUGUAUCUAGUGCAGGAAGAUCGCUCGUUCGCGAAUUUGCUGAUCAAUGCUGGCAUUUCCCUGAUAUCGGUCCUGUUGAUCUUUACCUAUUAUUACAAGAUUAUAUGA